AAGGGACAGGGGGUUUGAAACUAGCACAUAUAUGUGUUGCACCCGUGGAAGAUCACUGGAAACUUUAUCUAGUGUGGGAGACAACCUUGAAUACGGAUUACGGACCGUGUUUUGCUAAAGAACACCACAUCUGCAGGAGUUAUGAUGUCUUCAACCUCUGGCCUCGGCAGUAUCCUGACUGAUGUGAUGCGCUCCGUGUAUCAGACAGAAGACAGCCCGAGCUUGUCCAUCGGCAGCAGAGAGCUGCAGCUUGGCCCCAUGCUCCCCGCCGACAUCCCCGAUUGCACCUCUUGGUUUCAAACUGACCCUCAGUUAUGGAGCAAGCAGCAUGUCUUGGAAUGGAUCAGCUACCAUGUGGAGAAACACAAGUACGAUGCCAACAAUAUUGACCUGUCCUUCUGUGACAUGGACGGAACCACACUGCAUGGACUCACAAACAACCAACUUGUGUCUAUCUUCGGUCCAUUGGGGGAAGAACUGUACAAAAGUCAUCAGGAUUUAAGUAAGAACAGUUUUGAUUUAAUACCAGAUGACUUCAGUGACCUCUUCUUGCAAAGCAUCCUCCCAGUAGAUUGCAGCGAGUACAAGUUUCUAGACACUGUAAUCACUUGGAAUGAAUUGGAAAAUGAAGAGUCACCCGAUCACUGGAAAACCUUGCCUGAUUUCCAGCCCAGUGAUCCUGGAUAUGAAUCUGCCCCCACAUCUCCAUAUAGUGUCGACGACUCCAAUCCAGGUUCCCAAACUCCCAACUCCCCAGACUCCGGUGGAAGUGAAUCUGACUUUGAUCACUCAAUAAUGAAUGGACAGUAUGGAAUUCAAAAUAUAGGAUCUGCUAAAAUGUCAAGCAAUGAUUCCAAGCCUGCCAAACGCGGAAGGGGAAGGCCAAGGAAAUUUGGAAAAGAGGCAAAGAACUGUACAGAAAUGAAGAGAAGCAAACAUUCCCCACGAGGCACACACCUCUGGGAGUUUAUUAGGGAUAUCCUCCUCCAUCCAGAGGCUAACAGUGGCCUUCUGAAGUGGGAGGACCGGUCUGAAGGGAUCUUUAAGUUUCUAAAAUCAGAGGCAGUGGCACAGCUGUGGGGAGAUAAGAAGAAGAACAGCAGCAUGACCUACGAGAAGCUCAGCAGAGCCAUGAGAUAUUAUUAUAAACGUGAGAUUCUGGAACGUGUGGAUGGAAGGAGACUGGUCUACAAGUUUGGAAAGAACUCCAGUGGUUGGAGAAUUGGAGACGUAUAAGACGAAGAAACAUUUUCACUCCAGUAAAAAUUCACCUACUCUACAAAUAUAUGUUUGCUGGCAAACAAAUCCCUACAAAGAGGUCAUGGUGUGCACUGGACUAAUGAACUGCCCCUCUGAGGGAUGUGCUCCAUGGACAUUAAGUGGUGAAUUUUUGUUUCUUGAGAAGAUGGGUGUGUUUGUGUUUGUCUUUUUAAAAAUUCUCUACAUUACCAGACUCCAGCCUUUCUUGGGCCAAAUGUAUGUGCCACAGAGGUGGCACUGGAAAUAGUAAGCCUAUAUUUGGGCCAAAGUAGGUUAUUGAACCAAUUUGAUAUAUUUAGAAAGAUGUUGUGGACCCGAAUCCCACUGAAUGUGCAACACGUAUUUCAAGCGUAUCGGGCAAGUGUGAAUAGCCAGUCACAAGAAUCAAUCUCUUUAUUCUACUCUGGCAUGUUAAUAUUGCUCAGUAACUUGCAAUAUGCCUUGUGGUGUCCACACAUACAGAUAAUGUACAGCAGGACUUCUUUCUUUGCUUAUGCAUAGAAGUGCAUUUUGUAUAUAGUUUGUGUUACAGAGAUCGCUAAUCUAUGUAUGUUUUAUAUGUAUAAAUAUAUUAUGAAACAAUUGGAAGUUAUUCAGCUGGACUGUACAACUUCCACUGGAACCUGACUGUACAUAUGAUUUAAAUGAAAAAUCUGGGGUAAAUAUUCUUUAAUACAUUGACUAGAUUUUGUAAGAAGUUUAAAGUCCCUGAAUAUAAAAUUUUGGAUCUGUAUGCCCUUUGUUUAUUUUCCUAUGAAUACAUUAAUAUUUUGCAAAUAAAAACAAAUUUUAAAAUGAAAACCCA